AUGAAACCCACAACAGCUGCAAUUGCUUUAGCCGGGUUGCUGUCUGGCGUGACAGCGGCCCCAGGCCCUCAUGGAGAAAGGAUUGAGAGGAUUGAUAGAACUGUGUUGGAACGUGCAUUGCCAAAUGCUCCCGAUGGAUAUGUACCGUCCAACGUCAGUUGUCCUGCGAAUCGCCCGACGGUGCGUAGCGCAUCAUCCGGGCUCUCGAGCAAUGAGACCUCGUGGUUGAAAACCCGACGGGAGAAGACUCAAUCUGCCAUGAAAGAUUUCUUCAACCAUGUCACGAUUAAGGACUUUGAUGCUGUCCAAUAUCUCGACAACCACUCGAGUAACACGUCCAAUCUUCCCAAUAUUGGUAUUGCGGUGUCUGGUGGAGGUUAUCGCGCCCUGAUGAACGGUGCCGGAGCGAUCAAAGCGUUUGAUAGCCGAACGGAGAACUCGACGGCGACGGGACAGUUGGGUGGUCUGCUACAGUCGGCGACGUAUCUGGCUGGUCUGAGUGGUGGUGGAUGGCUGGUGGGGUCGAUCUAUAUCAACAAUUUCACCACCAUUUCAGCACUGCAGACCCAUGAGGAUGGUGCUGUCUGGCAGUUUCAAAACUCGAUUUUUGAGGGCCCUGACGGCGAUAGCAUUCAGAUUCUGGAUUCUGCGACUUACUACAAGCACGUUUACGAUGCAGUGCAAGACAAGAAGGAUGCGGGAUACGAAACCUCUAUCACUGAUUAUUGGGGUCGCGCUCUCUCUUAUCAAUUAAUCAAUGCUACCGACGGCGGUCCGAGCUAUACUUGGUCGUCCAUUGCCCUAACCGAUACAUUUAAGCAGGCAGAUAUGCCGAUGCCUCUCCUCGUUGCCGACGGUCGGUAUCCCGAUGAGCUCGUGGUCAGCAGCAACGCUACUGUCUAUGAGUUUAACCCUUGGGAGUUUGGUACUUUUGAUCCAACAGUCUACGGGUUUGUGCCUCUAGAAUACGUAGGCUCUAAAUUCGACGGUGGUUCUAUCCCCGACAACGAGACCUGUGUACGCGGAUUCGACAACGCCGGUUUUGUUAUGGGUACUUCGUCAAGUUUGUUCAACCAGUUCUUCCUGCAGGUUAACUCAACUUCGCUUCCUGAUUUCCUGAAGACGGCAUUCUCGGACAUCUUGGCAAAGAUUGGUGAAGAAGAUGAGGACAUUGCUGUCUAUGCACCCAACCCGUUCUACAAUUGGGCCCCCGAGAGCUCACCAGCAGCCCAUCAACAGGAACUCGAUAUGGUGGACGGUGGCGAGGAUCUUCAGAACAUUCCUCUGCAUCCUUUAAUUCAGCCAGAGCGUCACGUAGAUGUUAUCUUUGCUGUUGACUCCUCCGCCGACACGACUUAUUCUUGGCCCAACGGCACAGCUCUCGUUGCCACUUACGAGCGCAGCCUGAACUCCACCGGCAUCGCUAACGGAACCUCAUUCCCCGCGAUCCCUGACCAGAAUACCUUUGUUAACAAUGGCUUGAAUACGCGGCCAACGUUCUUCGGAUGUAACAGUACGAACACCACAGGCCCUACGCCUUUGGUUGUCUACCUUCCGAACUAUCCAUACGUGUCUUACUCGAACUGGUCAACCUUCCAGCCAAGCUAUGAGAUCUCCGAAAGAGACGACACCAUCCGCAACGGAUAUGAUGUGGUGACGAUGGGUAACAGCACUCGUGAUGGUAACUGGACGACCUGCGUCGGUUGUGCUAUUCUGAGUCGGUCUUUCGAGCGCACGAACACCCAGGUUCCGGAUGCCUGCACCCAGUGCUUCCAGAAGUACUGCUGGGAUGGCACUACGAACUCCACCAACCCUGCCGACUAUGAGCCUGUCACCCUGUUGGAGGAUAGUGCUGGUUCCGCUCUCUCCCCGGCUGUCAUCACCACCAUCGUAGCGACCAGUGCUGCUCUUUUCACCUUGCUGUGA